AUGGACCGGCUCCAGGUGUAUGCUGCGGUUCAAGGACUUGGCGGGGUGAACGCACCUCCGGGGAUGGUUUGUUUUUAUCGGACCUUUCUUUACUUAUCCAUACGGAGCUAAUUUUUUAAUUUUUUACCUCAACCCACAAUCCCUCAUGCUCGCACAGGAGCCCCGCCAGACCACCUCCAACCUCGGCCAUCUCAAUAAGCCUCUAUCCAGGCGUUGGUCCACGGGUUGAAUAGACAUUACUACUCUAUCCUCAUCAACUACCGCAAAACGCACCUGGAGAACAUGCUCAUGAACCUGCACAAGACGGUUUGGGCCGAUGGCCUGACGAUGAGAGACUUUAGGCCCCUUGCUAGGGAGAACCAAGAGCGCUAGAACAGAUGGUUGGCCUGGCCGAUUCCUAUGAGAAGCGCGUCAAGGAGGAGAACGGCCUGACGAAGGAUGAUUUGAAGACCCGCUACGUUGGGAAGAUGGAUCUGAAGAAGCAUUUGGAGGAAUUGGGUAAGCGGGGUAUCGAAGAGAAUAUUGUGGGCGUGUUGGUUGAGAUGGUGGAUAAGGAGGCGAGCUUUGCAGCUGAUAUUGAUGUGAGUAAGCCUGGACAUGUGGGGGCUAUGGAUGAGGAUUAG